AGUUGAGACAGCGCAGGACGGACCGGUCCGUCCGGUUUGUUCUCCCGGUUUCUGUUGUCUGCAGGUAUUUGAGAGCCGGCGGAGGGAAGUCGGCACCACAGUGAACGUCUCAGCCGUGACAGGACGUCGGACUCGGAGCUUUCUAACUAAACAGUAGCAGCGAUGGCUUCCAAGAUGGUGAUCCGGCAGCCUCAGCCUGUGAUGGUCACCCAGGACUCUGAUGAGUGGGGAUCCGGGAUAUGCGACUGCACUCAAGACAUGUCAGAGUGUUGUUUUGCUUUCUGGUGCCUUCCCUGCUUCGCCUGUUCAACCAGCAAGAAAUACGGGCAGUGCCUCUGUCUCCCCCUGCUGGACGUCUUCAGCGGCCUCAUCUCUCCGGUCACCAUGUCCAUGAGGGUCUCCAUGCGGGAGCGCUACGGCAUCAAGGAUACCAUCUGCAGAGACUGUGUGUACUCCACCUUCUGUGUUCCCUGCAGCUGGUGUCAGAUGUCCAGAGAGAUGAGGAGAAGAAAAAUCCCCAUCGUGCUGAUCAGCUCAAAGACCACAUGACCUGUCUCCUGUCUCCUAACCGCAACCGAGGCUGCCGCUUAAAUGAAUACACUGCCACCUGCUUUGACUGUAGCUCUUCAUACCUCUGGACUGAAGACCUUUGGGGGAGAAUAAUGGUCAACAAAAGCUAAAAGAGACUGAAAAGUAUGUGCGCAAAUGUGUUGACAGUAACUCUCUGAUGACGUCCUAAUUACCUACCAGCCUCUGUUAUUACGUCCUUCCAACUGAGAAUAAAAAUCAGGAAAAGCAUGUUAAAUAGUAACUGUUUUGUACUCAGCUAGUUAUUGGGGUACAAUUAUUAACCGAAAUGUAUGAAAUGAAAAUAAAUCCAUUUAUCCGAUCA